UUAAGUCAUCUAGUUUAGCCAUAGAGGACUGUGAGGAUGCUGAACUGGUGUAUACCAUGAGAGAUCUUCCUCCUAAAGCCGGUCACACUUUCCCUGGACAUGAGAUGCCCAAGAUGGACAGGGUGCCAGAGGGCAGCACCCACCCUGACACCCCAGGGACGCCCACUUUCACACGCCCCACGAACAGAAGUCUCCUGGGCGCAGAGCCAGAGUUACCCCGCCGUGGCCAGCUCACUUCAAUGAGUUCCCUGGAGUCUCCCCUCAGCCCCUCUCGACCAAAAAGUCCAUGGGGCAGAUUUGACCCCUACGACUCUUUUGAGGAUCAAGAUAAGGAGUAUGUUGGCUUUGCGACACUGCCUAACCAAGUGCACAGGAAAUCUGUGAAAAAGGGGUUUGCCUUUACUCUUAUGGUGGCAGGGGAGUCGGGUUUGGGGAAAUCUACACUUGUCAACAGUCUCUUCCUCACAGACCUUUACAAAGACAGAAAGAUGCUGAAUGCUGAGGAGCGUAUCACACAGACAGUAGAGAUCACAAAACACACUGUGGCUAUAGAGGAGAAAGGAGUCAAGCUGAGACUCACCAUCGUGGAUACGCCAGGCUUCGGUGAUGCUGUCAACAACACUGAGAGCUGGAGGGCAGUUUUGGACUACAUUGACCAGCAGUUUGAGCAGUACUUUCGUGAUGAAAGUGGACUCAACCGUAAGAACAUUCAGGACAACCGUGUGCACUGCUGCCUCUACUUUAUUUCACCAUUUGGCCAUGGUCUCAGGCCGAUGGAUGUGGAGUUCAUGAAGGUAUUACAUGAGAAGGUCAACAUAGUACCUGUGCUGGCCAAAGCAGACAGUCUCACUCCAGUGGAAGUCAGACAGAUGAAAAUGAAGAUCCGUGAGGAGAUCGAGAAGUUUGAUAUCAACAUCUACCAGUUCCCUGAGUGUGAUUCAGAUGAGGAUGAGGAGUCCAGACUUCAGCACCAGGAACUAAAGGACAGUAUUCCUUUUGCAGUGAUUGGCAGUAACAUUCAGGUUGAAAACAAAGGCAGAUGGUUUAGAGCCCGCCAGUAUCCAUGGGGUGUGGUGGAAGUGGAGAACCCCGAACAUUCAGACUUCCUAAAGCUGAGGAACAUGUUGGUGCGCACGCACAUGCAAGAUUUGAAGGACAUAACACGGGAAACCCAUUACGAGAACUACCGCGCUCAGUACAUCCAGAAAUUGACGCGCAUGGUGGUCAAUGAGAGGAAACGCAGGAAGCUUCUGAGACAGAGUCCCUCAGAUCUACCUGUUCCUCUGGUGCCUGUGGACAGUGAAAGUGAGCACCUUAUUUGGGAGAAAGAUGAGGAGUUGCGGCGAAUGCAGGAGGUUCUGCAGAGGAUCCAAGAACAGAUGCGUCAAGGACAUUAA